UAUGAAGUCAGAAGUACAAUUACUCAAAACGCCACCGACUGUGUAUUUCACGUCGGUUCUGAGUAGAUUUACACACCAACCGGUACCUGCUUAUUUCACGUCAACUCUCGGUUCUGAGUAGUUUUACACACGGCUUUGCAUGGGAUUAAAUGACGUCGGACUGGAGUAGUUUUAAGCACAGGGGAAAAUGCGACCAAAAUCACGUCAGAUCGAAGUAGAUUUACUCCAGCGGCUUGACGUGCUAAAAUCACGUCCAGUCUGUGACGUAAUGGGGCCUGCGCAUGCGCACAAAGUCCCGCGCGAAUUUUAACAAAGAAAGGGUUGCGUCGGCCGCGGGACAAGGGGUGCGCGCCGGUCUUUCCGCGUCCGUUCGGCUGGGGACCGGUUGGCGAGCUGGAGGCGUCUGUGGUGAAUCUGGAGUGUUGAGGACGACCGGCAUCUUGUGGACAGCAAAGACAUGGCCGCGUUAAAGGCAGGUGACUCUUUCUCUUCUUUUGGCGAUCUGGAAGCGUGCAUUAGUGUUCUGGAAAAGGAAACAAAUUCAAAAUUUUUCAAGUCCAGUUCAGUGACACUUCGUAGCUUCUUGCAAUCGUCCCCUGGUCACUACAUUUCAAAGACAAUCUCAAACAGGGAUGACAAGGAUGCUUUCAUAGAGGAAAAGAAGUAUCGUUUGAUUAAGUUGGCGUGCACUCACGGGGGACGGAAGUACGCCGGUAAAGCCGAUCGUGUGCGAAGCACAAAGACUAAGAAGUUAGACUGUCCCGUGCUCAUCACCGUGAUAUUGGACAAGUCCUUGAAACUUGUGGUGAAAGAACUUAACCUCGAGCAUUCUCACACAGUUUCCAAGGCUAGUUUCAUGCUCGAGCCUGAGAACCGCCGCCUCACGGAGGACGAAAAGGAAGUUGCCCGACAGUUCCAUCGGGUCGGUGCUGACAAAAAGCGUAUCCGCCAGCACAUGCUAGAUCAGUAUGGGAAAGUGCUUACUCGCCACGACCUGAACAACGUGUUGCGCGUACCGAAAAAUGGACAACCUGAUCUGGAAGCCGCUAUUUCCAUUCUGAGCGAGCGCGGAUUUGCAUCCACUGUCGUCGAGGAUGCCGGUACUGUCUGCGGCCUUUUCUUUCAGGACCAGGAGAUGCGGAGCGCCUACGAGAAGUUUCCUGACCUUCUCCUCAUGGACUCGACCUACAAACUUCUGGACAUCCGGACGCCAGUCUUCACGAUUCUCACUGUAGAUUCGUUUGGACGUGGCGUCCCUCUCGCCGUCUUCCUGGUGACCAACGAGACGGCUCACAUGAUUGGCGCCAUGCUUCGUGUUUUCCGGGAACACAACACAGCUGCAGCAUCUAUCACCAAAGUGUGGCUGACCGACAAGGACCGUGCGGAGAAAGCUGCCAUCAAGGACGUCUUCCCGGACUGCGACCAGUUUCUCUGCAGCUUCCACGUCCUGCAGUCCUUCAGAAGAGAGCUGAACCUCGCCAGCGUGGAGAAGGGAGAGCGAGAGCGGAUCCUGGGGGUUCUGCAGCAGCUCGUCUUCGCCAGUUCCGAGACUGAGUAUAGGCGUCUCCGUGAAGACAUCAGACAUCCUGCCACAGACAGAUAUCUUAAGGACAACUGGGACGAAAUUAGAGGGGAAUGGGUGCGAGGUCUGUCUGGGGCAGCCAUGUCUGGUGUCUUCACAAACAACCACCUAGAGUCGCUUCACGGCAAAAUGAAGUCUGUCUGCAGAACUAACGACACUCUGCCAAACUUCAUUCAGUCCUACCUGACCGUCUUGACCACAGUGCGUGCCGACAGGAACGCGGAGAUUCAUGCAGAGGUCAACAAACGACCAACCAGCUGUCGCUUCGCCGAACUGGACCAAUACCAGCGUCACGUAACCUCGUUUGCCUUGUCUCUUUUGCAGGACGAGCUGGUGGAGUCUGCCACCGUAACACUGGUCGACUCACCGGGAGGGCUGACUGCAUGUGACCGGGCGGGAAGGGUGGCCGUUAGCUCCACAGCGUGCGACUGCCUCUUCUACCGGCACUACAGCCUGCCCUGUCGCCAUAUCAUGGCAGUACGACUCGAGCAAGGCAUGUGUCUAUUUUCUCAGGAGCUGGUGGGGCAGAAAUGGCUUUUGUCGUUCGCUGCCGAUCACCUGGAGGCCCAGCUGGAUUGUCGAGUACCAUUCGCUCCGUCUGUGUCCACCCGCUCACUGCCACCAGGGAAGCCUCCACGGACGGAGCGUGAGCGGUACCGGCAGCUGCUCAACGUCACCUCGCAGAUCGCAUCCGUGGGCUGCGAGCUCACCGGAGCAGAGCACCGCCAACUCCUGGAUAAACUUACCACCAUGCUCCACUUUUUACAGCAGCGCCGCUCCUUCCUCAUCGUAGAAGAAGUCGAUGGCGUGCCAACUAACGACUCUGAUUUGCCCACAGAUGCACCGCCCAGCGAUGUAGCCGACGCCGACCUGACUGAUCUCCACUCUCCAACAGGUGGACAGUCACAGCCGACCGGGAGAGCUCUGCUCACUGCAACCAGCAGAUCAAGGCCAGCAGAAGAUGAGCGACCUAACUUUGACAUAUUUGCCGGCUUUUUCGACAGUCCACUGCGGCUUGGCGCUGCUCCACCUGCUGAGAUCCCAUCUCCUGAUCAGGUGUCUUGCUCUUCUCGUCCCACCGCUCAGGGUUAUCAGCCGGCAGUACCAUCGCCACUGACCAAAACACGUACGCCUGAUUACAGCGGUCGAAUGACACCACGCCGCGUAGUGGUGUCUCCUUCGUGGGCUGGAUCGCCGGCGGAAACCCCUAAUCGCGGCAUUUUUACAGGGGUAAUGUCGCCGUCAGUGGUCGCCCCUCGGGCUGGCUCACACGGCGCCACCAAGCCUCUUGCAGCUCGCAGAAAUCUUGUGUUCCCGUGUGGCCCCUCUGACGCGCCGUCUGGCUCCGGGCUUGUCCACAGGUCGCAGUCGCAGUCUCCGUCACAGUGUGAUGACGCUGGUCGGGCGGAAGUUUCCCUGUCCCCGAUUAUCGGCAUCGGCCCGUCUCCCAUAGUUGGGGUCCCCCCCGUAAGGACGGUGACUGUGCCACCUUCCGUUGCAGGUCCAUCCACGGGUCCAUCCACCUCUCGGAUCUCAACUCAUGAUGCGAGGAACGUGCAGCUGCACACGCUCACCAUGCCACCAAGGGUAGCUAAGAACCGCGGACGACCCAAAGGCAGCAAGACGACUGUGAUAGGAGCGCUAAGAAAAUGAGGUAUGCUCAUCCGAUCCGGGUGCUGGCGAGCUGGUGGACCUGAAGGCGACAGGCAGACCGUAGCAGUAGCAGAAGCUCUUCAGUUGACCCGAGGACGCCGGCCUCGUCUCGCAUCAAAUGACAAUCCCGCGCGAAAUGACACCAGCCAAGACAACGACGAAUACCUACGACAACGAACCUAUUUGUAUAUACGCAAUUUGUACCGUUUUGUACCUGUAGCUUUUAUGAGCUUAAAUGUGUUGUCUUUCAAUUUGAUUAGAACAACAUAUCUAGUCAAGCAGUGCCGCGAUGUCGCGAAGAAAUCUUGUGUAUCUCUCAAAAGCGUUGAUCUCUGCCUGCCACCCACUCAGGACAAGUUACGACCGUGUUUACUGUUUUGUACAUAUGACUGGAUUAAACCUCGCACAUCGCUUUGGUUUAUUCAUUUGCCAACUUAUCUUUACUGUGCCAGUUAAGUUUAGAGCGAAUUACCUUUUUUGGAGUCAACAUGGGAUACGGCCGUGCAAAAAAACCCGUUCUUUCCAUAAUGUACAUUCUAACAAAUCCAAAAGUAUCUCUCUUCGCCUUCUUCCGUGUUUUGUUUGCUUAAUGUAGAUUGGAAUGUAUGUAGACAUCUGGAAUUUCCGCCGACUGCUGCUGUUUAGAAUGGGAUGCAUCGAAAUGUAUUGUAUGAGUGAAUGGAAUGGGUGCGAGCUCACGUCUGAUUAUCCAAGUUGGGCCUUUGGUCCAAAGCUUUAAUAUAAAUCAGAAAAGUC